GGCGGAGGGUCGCGCGCGCCAGCUGGGCAGCCUUCACACAGCCCGUCGGCCUGGGCGCUGAGCGGCCCGUCUUCCGGGGCGCGCGCCGCGCGGCACCAGAGGCCAGGCAGGCGGUAUGGCCGAUUACCUGAUCAGCGGCGGCACCGGCUACGUCCCCGAAGAUGGGCUGACGGCGCAGCAGCUCUUCGCCGUGGCGGAUGGGCUCACCUACAAUGACUUCCUGAUCCUUCCCGGCUUCAUUGACUUCACGGCGGAUGAAGUGGACCUGACCUCUGCCCUGACCCGGAAAAUCACCUUGAAGACGCCCCUCAUCUCCUCCCCCAUGGACACCGUCACAGAGUCGGAUAUGGCCAUUGCCAUGGCGCUGAUGGGUGGGAUUGGGAUCAUCCACCACAACUGCACCCCGGAGUUCCAGGCCAAUGAGGUCCGCAAAGUCAAAAAGUUUGAGCAAGGCUUCAUUACCGACCCGGUGGUCCUGAGCCCCACCCACACCGUGGGGGACGUCUUUGAGGCCAAGGUCCGGCACGGCUUCUCCGGCAUCCCCAUCACAGAGACGGGCAAGAUGGAAAGCAAGCUGGUGGGGAUCGUGACUUCAAGGGACAUUGACUUCCUCUCCGAAAAGGACUAUGGCGUCCCUCUCAGUGAGGUCAUGACCAAGCGCAAUGACCUUGUGGUGGCCCCGGCAGGCAUCACCUUGAAGGAGGCCAACGAGAUCCUGCAACGGAGCAAAAAGGGCAAGCUGCCCAUCGUGAAUGACGUGGAUGAGCUGGUGGCCAUCAUCGCCCGCACCGACCUGAAGAAGAACCGCGACUACCCGCUGGCCUCCAAGGACGCACGCAAGCAGCUGCUGUGUGGGGCGGCCAUUGGCACGCGGGAGGAUGACAAGUACCGGCUGGACUUGCUGGUGCAGGCCGGUGUGGAUGUGGUGGUGCUGGACUCAUCUCAGGGGAACUCGGUCUAUCAGAUCAACAUGGUCCAUUAUAUCAAGCACAAAUGCCCAGAGCUGCAGGUCAUCGGGGGCAAUGUAGUGACAGCGGCCCAGGCCAAGAACCUCAUUGAUGCUGGUGUGGACGCGCUGCGUGUGGGCAUGGGCUGCGGUUCUAUCUGCAUCACGCAGGAAGAGCUGCCUCCGCUUCCCUGGCUGCGCCCCGUGGCUCUCCUGAGCUGCCAGGGCGCCCGAGGGCUGGGCCGGACCCCCGGCGGCCCCUUCCUGCCUAUGACUCUCCCUCCCUCAGUGAUGGCGUGCGGCCGGCCUCAAGGCACAGCAGUGUACAAAGUGGCAGAGUACGCACGCCGGUUUGGGGUGCCGGUGAUCGCUGACGGUGGGAUCCAGACGGUGGGCCACGUGGUCAAGGCGCUUUCUUUGGGGGCCUCCACAGUCAUGAUGGGCUCCUUGUUGGCUGCCACCACGGAGGCGCCUGGCGAAUAUUUCUUCUCCGAUGGAGUACGGCUGAAGAAAUACCGGGGGAUGGGCUCGCUGGACGCCAUGGAGAAGAACCGCAGCAGCCAGAAGCGUUACUUCAGCGAGGGGGACAAAGUGAAGGUGGCACAGGGCGUUUCCGGCUCAAUCCAGGACAAAGGCUCCAUCCAGAAGUUUGUGCCGUACCUGAUUGCUGGUAUCCAGCACGGCUGCCAGGAUAUUGGCGCCAAAAGCCUCUCCGUUCUGCGCUCCAUGAUGUAUUCAGGGGAACUAAAGUUUGAGAAGAGGACAAUGUCAGCCCAGAUUGAGGGGGGGGUCCACGGUCUCCACUCUUACGAGAAGCGGCUGUACUGAGGACGGCUUCCAGAGCAGCGACCAGUGACUGGCUUCCACCCUCCCUGCCAACGGCCACGGUUGCACCAGACCAGCACGCCCACCUUCUUCUCUCUUCUCUUGUCCCUGGUUUGGCUGUGGGCAAAGACUUGCACUUUGGGCUGCCUGGCUGGUGGCGCCUUGGCACAGCACACCUCUCGCCCAGCACCGGGGUUGUGGCCUUCAGACUCCACUUGGUGGGCAGAACUGGGGGGGCGAGUGCCCCUCUUGGGCUUUCCCCCCACGCCUGGCCUCCAGCUUCCAGGUAGAGGGGCGUUGGGGCAGUCUCCCAGCCCUCCCCUCCCCUCCUAGCCUCAGCCUCCCUGCCCUGCAGGUGCAGCUGGAUCCAGCCUUCCGGGACCCCAGAGCUGCUCCCCGGAGGACCUUGGGACUCCCCAGCAAGUUGGGGAGGCGAUGCCAGCCUCCCUCUGGCUUGAGGGGCAAGGGGGUCAGGCCAAGGUGGGAGAAGCAGCAAGCGGAGGAAUUCCAGGACAGCUGCUGCUGCAAAGGGGUGGGGGGAACCUCUGUCCAAAGCCUUGCACCCCCCCCCCCAGCCCGAGGCCAGAUUUCUGCUGGCUGUCCUGCCCCUGACUGCAGCCUCAAUGCUUCUCUGUGGGAAGAGGAUCUUGGCUAUCAACGGGAAACCCCCACCCCCGAUUCGCUCCCAUCACUGUAAUUUUCGCGCAUGCCAGGGCCCUACGUUGUGG